AUGGCUAUUGAAGUUGUCCCCCUCGCAGAGGCCGACAUCCCUGACGCUAUUGAGAUCAUCCAAUCGGCCUUUGCAGAGGACCCAUACUUCAAGUGGGUGUUCGAUGCCAACAAUUUUGAUAAAAAACGCAACCAUGACUCUCUCGCUGUUCGAUGCCUUUGGGGCAUCAACAAUGCCAUUUUCCACGUCGCCAAGGAGACCUUUGAUGACGCGGGCGAUGCGGCGGCGCCGGCCGACAACCAGACGACAACCACGCCGGCUGCGACCCAAGGCUCCCGCGUUGUAGGUGUCUCGUGCUGGCUUCCGCCCCAUGCGCCGUCUGAGCCCGAGAGCUGGUAUACCUGGUCGCAAGGGUGGUUGCUCACUGCGCGGCAAGCGCUGAACAACCUGCGCCAUUGGGGCCGCGGGGGCUUGCGCACGAAUCGCUACUGGAUCUGGAAGGCCCGUCAGCAUGAGGCCCAGAGUCAGAUCUGGAAUGACCCCAAGGGGUAUUAUUUCUGUAACAUUGUGGCCGUGCGACCGGGGACGCAGGGGAAGGGCAUCGGUCGGAAGCUCUUCGAAGCCGUCACGGAUCAGGCGGACCGGGAAGGCGUCAAGUGUUAUCUUGAGAGCUCGCGGAAUGAGCCCAACGUUCAGAUCUACGAGAAGAUGGGGUUUGAAAUGGCGAAGGAGAUGGAGUGCCGGGACGGGGAGGACGUGUGCAUGCUUUAUUGUAUGGUGCGCAAGCCGAGGUCGAGAUAG